AUGUCGUUCGUCUUCCCGUCGUGGGAGACGGCGUUCUCGCCUGAAUUCUAUGAGAGUGCAAAGGACACAUUAGAGACUGCUCUGAACAAGGGCAACAAACCCCCCGUCAUUCAAGGCCGAAUCGAAGUCGUCGAGCUGUCUAUGGGUACCCAACCCCCCACUCUCACUCUCCUCGAGAUAGGCGAUCUCUCGGUAGAUCGCUUCCGCGGUAUCCUGCGGCUCGGGUACCAAGGCGACGCCUGGCUCGAAGUCCGAUGUCGCGUCCAAGCCAACCCUUUAUCGCACAAUCCCAACCUCGCAUCCUCAUCCCUCCUCCCCCUCUCCACACCGCUCCUCGCCUCGCAACCCCUCCUCGUACCCAUGACACUCCGCUUAUCGAAGCUUCACCUCCGCGCUAUCCUCAUCCUCGUCGUUUCCGCCUCCAAGGGGAUCACCCUGGUGUUCAAGAAUGACCCCCUUCAGAACGUGGACGUCUCGAGUACGUUUGACUCGGUCGAGGUCAUCAGGGGGUAUCUGCAGCAGGAGAUCGAAGGGCAGUUGAGGGAGAUGUUUCGGGAAGAUCUGCCGGGGAUUAUCCAUCGGCUGAGUCAGCGGUGGUUGACGGGGACGGGCGUAGGCGGGCGGGUCGAGAUGCCUUACCGGGACGGAGUAGUAGGGAGUAUGGACCUAGGCGUAGGGACGCCAGGGAAGGAUGACGAGCCGACAACGCCUAGCGAUCCUUAUGCGGAGAAACCAAUCUUUCCGCCAUAUCAGCCCACACCGCCCUUAUCGCAGCUUACGCCCAAACGGCGCGCCCUCGCCCAGAUGGCGGCGGCUGCGCGGACACGUCGGCCGUCGACGGCCCUAUCAGAGUCUCCUUCGGCGUUCACGUCCUUAGCCGGGAUAGAGGACUAUGAUCCCACGUACGGGUUGAGACCAGAGGGAGUGCCGACGCAUUCGGGAUACGAGGCGUUUGGGCGAUUAUGGGAGAAGGCGCGAGAAGGGGGAAGUGGACUCGGCAGCCUCAUGCGCGUCCCGGUCGGUCAACAGGGAUUGCACGAGGGCGACGUCUCGGAUGAAGACGGAGACGUGGAUGCGUCAGACGAGGAUGUCUUUGGCGGGAUCGAUCAUGAUCGCGAUAGUGUGGAGGAUGUGGAGGCGCACGAGGUGCUCGGUGCGUUGCCCUCCAGGGGACAGGGCUUGGCCAGGCGGACAAGUGGGCGAAGCCGCUUAUCGAGGAGUACGAUCCCAGAGGAGGAGCAGGAGUGGGAGACGUAUCCUGCUGUAGGCGGGGGCGUGAUUACGCGUCCGAGGGUAUAUCAUGCCCAGAGCCAGAUCAGGGCGCCGAGCGAAGUAGGAUUUUCGGGCGCUUUGCCUAGUCCGGGAGGAACGGGCGGGACGGGGAGUAUUACAGCUAGAGCGAGUAGUGUGGGUACGCCAACUAUGGGAAGUAUGCGCCGGCAGCAUACAGGACUCCGUACGCCCGGCCUCGGCGGCUCCCUCUUACCCAUCUCUCAACCCCGCUUUCAACCCCGCUCGCAAUCUCAAGCCCGCCUACCUACCUCCACCUCCGCUUCUGCACUCGCUGGCCCCGGACCCUCCUCAUUACGCCGGAUGGUCACUUCCCGAUCGGACGUCUUCCUCUCUCGUCCGUCCGAAAAGACCCCAUUCCCCACAUCUCUCCCCGCAUCCACAUCGGCACCUAUCAAUCGGAACACUCGCCGAUUAUCCAACGCCCCCUCUCACCCAAGCAACACCAAUACCAACACCAAUACUACCUGGAGUUCCGCCGACCCGCACUCCCAAGCCCACUCCACUCUCCCCUCAUCCACAAGCAUGUCCAUGUCUGUUCUCAUACCCGACACGUCCUCCCCCUCUCGCUCACAUCUCCGCACCCCCUCAGGAUCCGGCCCCAGCUCCACCUCGUUCCCGCCACGCGGCUCCAUCAUCGGCCCUGGCGGGAUCACGCUCCCGCUAAACAACUCGGUCAGUCAGCUCGCGGCGCUAAGCCGCGAAGCCCAGACCCUGAGUCCUUACGCGAGAGGGCAUGAGCAUAUUGCCGUCAGGAGCUUCCCGCACCUCGGCCGAAGUGCUUCAGGGGGGCCAGGGGGAGUGGGGAGGGAAUUGGGCAUGUCGAGGAUUAGUUCAGAGGCGAGGGGGACGAUGAUGUCCAUAUCCCAAAGAGAAGGGGAGCAGGGACGGGGGAAGGGGAAUAGGAAGAGGACGCAUCGGCUUGGCGGGGGCGGAGGCGGGCAGAGGGAGCAGGAGAUGGCAUGGAAGGGGGACGGGGAGCUGGAUGAGUAUAUGCCCCUAGGGGCUAUAUCGCCCCAUCUUGGAAAUCAUCGGCGAUUAUCGCCCGAGUCGGGGUCGGGUUCAGGCUCUGGCUCGGGCGGUGGGGCCGGGAUGGGGAUAGGGAUGGGGACGUAUGGGCUUCAGGCGCUAUCAAUGCGCGACCGGGACCGGGAUACUAGGACGGGCAAGGGGUCGAUGCGGGAGAGUGCGAGUCUGGGGGGUAUGGCCAGUGUGUUGAUGGCGAAUGGGGCGGCGCCCGCUACUGGCGGAGGCGGCGGCGGAGGUGGAGCUGGGCUGAGGCCGAACCUGAUGAGGAGUCCGGAUAGUCGGAGUUCGUAUGGGUUCCCGCAGGUACGGCGGUAUGUCUAG